AUGGGGAGGGGGAAGAUUGUGAUCCGCAGAAUCGACAACUCGACCAGCCGGCAGGUGACCUUCUCCAAGCGUCGCAAUGGGCUACUGAAGAAGGCGAAGGAACUUGCCAUUCUCUGCGACGCUGAGGUUGGCGUCAUGAUCUUCUCUAGCACCGGACGUCUCUACGACUUCUCUAACACAAGGUAGUAGCCCCCCGCCCCCCCUCGUCUGGCCUUCUUCUCCUUGUAUCUUCUGUGUCUUUCUUUUAGCUCAAUGCUUUGCCCCUAAUCGUAUCCAAUCUUGACUGUCGCAGGUUUCUCCAUCCUUCCUUAGUUUAUCUCUCUCUUCUUGUUUUCUUUAGAAAUCAAUCGAACCAUAAGAUCAUGGUUGGGAUCAACCAUCGCCCUGACUUACUGUUGCUGCCAAGCAGCUCCAUGAGAAGAGAGGGCACUUGUUCAAAUUCGAAAACAGUUUCAUGAGGGAAGAGAGCGAUACACUGAAGUUUUUUGGAGCCUAUUGGAAUCGAGCUAGCACCCAUCAUUCUUCAUGAUAGAUUUAUUGGAUUUGACGCAGAUCCCUGCGUUCCCAUAGUUAGUAACGUCCGUCCUUGGCGCUCCUCCCUUGCUUGUAGGCAGAACGCAUUUUCCUAUCAUCGUUUCUACUUAGCUCGCGACUUAACGGAUUUAUUGACGUCACAGGAAUUAUAACAAGUGGCUGAAGUAACUGACGUUUGGGUAUGAAUCUACAUAUUCACGGAAAAAGAAAAUCUACAACAAUUUUCACAUGUAUUUAUAGUUAUCCAUCUGUCAAUCUAUCCAGCUGACCAUCUGCCUAUUUUCUCGCAAUUUCUUUAGAGGAUCUAAUUUUACGUGAUUAACGCUGUCCAGUGCUGUCGUUCCCGACGCCUUUCUUGGACGAACCAUGGAGUUGGUCUUUUGUGUUGUUCGACCGAGAGGAGAUGACCAUGGCCUCACCUGUAUUCAUCCCCAAGCUCAUACACAUCAACUUGCAUGAGGCUACAAAUAUGUAGAGAGGGGAUGCCUUACAAGAAUAAUAUUUCUACGCAAGCUUCAUUGGACAACCUUAUACCGCCAUCAGCUUCUUCUCAAUGCGUAGGGCGGCUUGCGUUGAGUCAUCCUUUGAAACCUGCCGUCAGUCCGCAGUCUAAUUUGGCGAAGACUCUGGAGAUCCGUGCGAAAUAGUCUAACAUCAUUGAGUGGAUCGACAGGAGAUUAUACACCUGUCAACUCAAUCCAACAGCCUGCAUCUUCCAUUGCAAAGGAAAAAUAUACUUACUCUUCAUAGGGUAGUCAUAUGGGGUUUCUGGACCAGGGACAGUAAUGAAUCUCAAAGUUCACAUCUAAACCCAUCACGUCGUCAGAAGACUAGAGGUUAGAGUGCAUGGGUAGAUGUGGACUCCUUACUUUAGCUUCAUCUGGAGAAUACGUCGAGAUUCAAAUAAGUUUCGCAACAUAUCUAUUUUACUGCGUUAUUCUGGCAUCCUUCGUUGAGCGCCACCUUGGUUGAAAUUGUUAGUGGUGUAAAUGGAUUGGAAGUGACUCACCAUUGUUGAUCAUUGUAGUUAAAAAUCCAUCCUUUCUCUCAGCUAAGAUAGCAGGAUGUUGUCAUAUCCUUGUGGGCAAGGGAAUCAUGGCCUAAGCAUGGCUAACUUAUCCGAAAAUCAUAACCUCAAUACUCAUGUAGAUGAUCAGUGGAAAGAGUGGUCGUUAUCGUUGAUAAUGCACACUUGUCGUCUUUCUCCUUUAUAUAUUUCUCCGCUUAUUGUGGACUGCGUUUCUUAUUCUGGCCAUUCUCUACCGAUAGUGUUUUCUUAUAUUUUGUAGUCCGUUGAAAAAGGAUCAUUCUAAAAGAGGGUAUUGAGUCACCGAUUACUUAGACAGAUUCCAUGCAUAUCAGUUACGUUUGUAUCGAUCCUGAGAGUAAGCAAUAAUCUGAAAGAAAGAAACACAAUGCCCAAGGAAAAAAAAUUCUUGUUUGAAUAGUUGGAAACCCAUGCCCAAGUGCCAGUAAACGAUUCCUGGGACCUGAUUGAUGUUCGUAAAUCGUAUGAGAAAUCCAUCAAGAGACGACUGCUGUUUUCUUUCCUGGUUUUUAUAUCUCAACAUUUACCUUACCCAUGUUCCCUUAUUCAUAAUCACUUUUUAAGGCCUAUCGUUCGUCCAUGAUACUGCUGCUAUCGAUUCUCUAGAGAUCUGAUACAAUUCUUCCCUAUUUUGGUUGUUUCCUUGAGAGUGGAAUACUUUCAAAGAACUCUUGCAGCAAAGCGGCAAUAAAAUCAACCGUGGGAUUCACAUGGCGUGGAUCCACGUUUCAGGAGCCAAGUAGUAGAGCUGGACUGUACAGCCGCAAGUGUUUUGCUGGAAAUAGUUGCAUUCAUUAUCUAGAUUGAUAGAUAUUUUGAGUUCAGAUGCAUGAUAGCUUUCGAUUAGGUGAUCAUGUCUCUUGAUUUCGUAAAUUCCAAAGUUUUUCGUAAGUUUCUGUGGGAUGCACAUAGCAAUAGUAAUGUCUAACUCACGGAGUUCAGUGAGGCAGUAUCAUAUAAAAUUAGGCCUAAUUCAUAUGCUUCGACUAGCUGGAAUUUUCUUCUGAAGAGAAAGUUCCACUCGACGUGACGCACUCGUAAUAUCGGCUCAUCUGUUUUUACGUUUGGAUCCCUAAACAUUUCCCGUUCCCGUUGCCCUUGAGAUUCUAUGCUUUAUAUCUCUUGUUCUAGUUCGUAUUUCAGUUAUCCCACACAUCUAUUUUCCGAUAUGUGGCCUCCCUAUUUCUCAGGUUCCUGUUCGUCUUUCGGUUCUCCCUCGCAUCCAGUUAUCAAUUUGUGCCCACUCUCUGUCAUUAGCCUUUCUUUGUGUUACAUCCCCCCCUCUCGCGCUAUUUCUCUCUUCCGCUGACUACUUUUCUUUGCCACAGACUACUGCUCUUGCUCCCUAUACCCUUCUCUUCAUCCCGCUACUCCUUAUGACUCUCUGACUCUCUCCUCGACACACCCCACCCCGGGAAUCUUAAUUGGUCUAAAAGUUGCAGCGAUAAUAUGCACCUCAGAGAAACAUCUCUAGCCUUAGUUUUUGUGAAGAGUUCACGUGGGAAUGGCAUCCACUAUCUUUUCCCCUUGUUUAAUAUCUGAACGUUGCAAAUGGAGAGUUGGCACUAAAGACGACUCUGAAAAGUUUAAGAAAUAUUGACGUAGAUGUUCUUUGCAACGUCUAAGAUGAGUGCCGUAAUCAUGGACUUCUUCAGGUAUCUGUGAUGACCAUCAUCGCCCUGUUCAGCCCUGGAGUAGAUUUGAAAUUAUCAUCUUUUGCACUGAUGAUACAAUAAGAUACCUCAUGAAUUAGAUAUGCGUAUUAUUUAUAUUUAAAUGAAUAGUGUAUCCUUGAUAGAACAUUUGGCAUGAUCAUUUCAUUCUUGAUCGGAUGAGCGCCUUCUCUUCACAAAAUAUCCCACUAAAAGUGAACAUAAUUGGGAAUUGCCAUGAGGGUUUAGUGACUAUUUAAGUAUACCUACAUUUAGCUUGCUUCAUACAUUAUUUUAGCUUAUCUCAAGCUUAUUCCCCAGCAAGGGUCACAGAAUCAAAUCUACAAUAAUGUGUAAGCUUCUUCACCUCGCUUAUUUGAACUCGCGUGAAAAUCUUUAUUUGUAGGGAUCUUAGGCCAGCACGCUUUUUUAGUUGCAUUAGAGAUGAAAUUCUUCGUACAUUAUUUUCCACCCUUUAUAUUUUCUUUCCCUUCACGAUUCCACCAAGCAUAUAACUAGCAUCAAUUCAAGGAGGGCUUAGUCCGCUCGAUUCCAGAAUUAAGAAACCCGCUUACAAACUUAAAAUGAGCGCAUUCUAGAACAGCACCCAAUUAGAGCUAUAGCCUCUCUCUCGUCAAUAUUAGUAUUUGAAUAAAAGUAAAUGAUACAUAAAAUAUAGAGCCAAUGUGCAUUCGAUCGAUCGUACAUAGCAUUGGUUGCAUCAAUAACCAUUUUAUUUUUUUCUCUAAUACUUUUUCGGUCGUUUCAAUCAACCGGUUGCUACUCUCUUUUACCUCUUUAUGACGCUACCAAUUGAUCCAUAUUUCUGCAUAAUGACCGCAUACUGUGGUUUAGCUUUCCCACCGACUGCUUACUAACGAAGCUAGCCAAGCUUGAAGAGCACAAAGUUGACCACUACUCCUAAAAAAGAAUAUAGUUAAUGUGAGGUAAGUGUGGUAAAUUAUACUAAUACGAUGAUUUAUAGUCGAAAUGUUGCUAUAGAUAUCUCUAUUAUACUCGUGAGAUUUGAGGUUGUCCUCCAAAACCGCGUGUUUCAUUACCAUUAGUUAAUGUGGCUGUUGUUUUGCAAGCUGAAUCUAUUCGGUGCCGACUCUGCAAGAACCCUAAGGGAGAAUAUCUUGGCCAAAAAGUGUUGAAGAGUCGGAUCAGUAGGCAUAAUAGUACCUCGAUGUAGGAGUUUUCUCGUCUCCACAUACUUUGGAUCUAUUAAGACCGGAUACAUUAUUCUCAGUUUAACAUGCUGACGCGGUCACCAGCCGGAUGAUCCAAAGAAAAAAGGGGAUGGCCUAGAGAAGGUGAAAGGGAAAAGAAGAGCCUAUAAAUUCCUUAUUGCUUGGAACAAGUCUCCCACCGGGCAGUUGGUUGUCGCGAAACGAGAAUGGAUGAAUUACCCAAUGCCUAUCUUUCGUUUAAGCGUCACAGGUUCCUACGAUAACGCAUCUCCUUCAACUGCCAAAAUUUACAUUUAUAGUAGCACUGGAUAAGUAAUAACUGCCCAUCAGAACCCCUGCAGUUUAUCGGGGGGGAAAAUAACAUAGUGGAGAUUUUCCUUGGAUUUGUGGCAGUAUGAGGGCAGUGAUGGAACGAUACAACAAGGCCAAAGAAGAUCGUUGCCUGGACCUAAACGCAACUUCGGAGGCGAAGGUAUUCUUCUUUGCACCUAUCUUUCUAGCUUAUUUGCACGUCUGCUAGUUCAUUUAUUUGUUGAUCGAUAGUUUCCUUCGACUUUGGAUGAGUAGUGCGGUUGUAGCAUCCGUGGGCUCAGAAGUGGGAGAGUGCUCAGUCCCUGCAUUCCCAUAGCUUCUUGAAGAACCUAUUGGAAGAACGAUCAUUCCGUCCAUUUAUAAUAAAAAUAAAAAACAAAAAUCAAUAUCUUAGUCAUAGUCUAGAGGCUGAAACGUAUAGAAGCAUGAACUCAGCGAUCUCCCAACAGGUAAAACGCUGAAACAAAAAAAAAAAAGUUUAAAAUUAGAAUACACAAGGAAAUUGUAGAAGAGUUACUAUCUCAUCCAACUCCCAUGAAUGCGAAAUGGCGUCUGCUUUCGGCCUUCUAUUUUUUUAAUCAGGGAAAGCAUUUGCAGACAAGAUAUAUGUCCUAAAUAUAAUAGCUGUUGCCUCUUUCUCUUUUGAUCGUCAAGUAAUCAAGGACAUGUCUCAGUGGAAUCCAUGCAAUUAUUGACAAAAAGGCAGAAUCUUCGGCAACUAUAUACAUCACCAUAACGGAACCGCUGAACUAGUUCCUCAAUAGCAUCAGUCAUCAAUUUAAAAAAGCGCAAGCAAACCUUGCAUGGCUGACCUACAUCACUGAGGAAAAAAGAGACGAAUUUACAACUCAGGUCUGUAGGGGAUUCACGGCACGAAAAUAGCUGAUGCCGGCCCAAUUUGUCAAACUCUAUUAAUACCUUUUAGGCGGAUUACUUAUCGAUAUGCCUUUCUUCAGUCCAGAUAAGGGGAAACCAAUGCUAAUUUGAUCUGUUUAGCCCUCUUCAGCUAUCAAAAUCAGAUUGUCUGACUAGGAUUAGCAUGCCGUAUAUUUGACAUAUAUCAUCCGUCGCAGUCUUACUUUGUAGCGGGUAAAUGCCGAUCCAAGCUAUCAUAUUAUAUCCUGUCACGCAAGAACGCAGACUCUCGAGUUUUUGUAUGUAUUUGCCGAAGCAUAGAAUGUCCACUUCGGUAACAGAAAUAUUAACGCUGUGCGCUCACAGUUCUGGCAAAAGGAGGCAGGAAGCUUAAGGCAGCAACUCCUAACUCUGCAAGAGAGCCAUAGGUAACAUCUUUCUCUCCGUUUAUUACACUGCAUUCGGAACAUCAUGCCAAGAGAAUCUCGCAAUAUGUAUGUGCCAUGAAACAAAGUAGAAUCACACGUGGAAAAGAUCAUACAUCCAUCUCGUCCUACACAGUAUGGAAGUAUAAUUAAGGCAUCACGGGUUUAAUAAUGUAGUAAAUACCACAGAUUUUAAGAUAUACAUUUUCCAAGGCGCUGCAUGCAAGAUUCAUCCGGUUAGUCAAGUAUCUCAUGAGCUUCAGCGAGUAAGUUAAAACAGACAUGCUACGGAUUGUGAUAUUAGUGAGGCCGGUUCUUGCUUCGUGGGGGAACCCGUCUGUAUAGAAAAAGCAAGAUCCAUUAGCAUUGGUUUGCGAACGAUAAUUUUCCUUCUCUAAUAUGUCAAUCUGUCUCGUUGAUAAUGUCAGGCAACUCAGGGGCGAAGAGAUUUCUUGCCUAAACGUCAAAGAUCUGCAAAAUCUAGAGAACCAACUAGAAAUGAGUUUGCGAACGAUUCGGACGAAGAAGGUGAUAAGAUGGGCAGGUCUCUAGUGCUUUAUGGUCCUCAUGACAUAAAUUUCAAACUCUCAGUUCACCUCUGGUUGGUUUUUUUUAUUUUUAUACAGGACCGACUUUUGACCGAGGAGAUUCAAGAGCUCAAUCGAAAGGUACCUUCCGAAAGAAACACUGGAGCUCUACAUAUUAUUUCUCAUGACAUGCUGCUAAUGAAUCAUCCGAAAUUAUCCUCGUCGUGUUCAGGGAAAUCUUACUCACCUGGAAAACAUGGAACUGUACAAGCAGUUAAACCACAUUCGUCAAGAAAACAUGGAAUUGUGUAGGAAGGUACUAAGUUUAGAGCCCAAUCUCAGAUGCCUGCUAAGAAAUUAUUAAAUCUAUGAUUUCCACUAUGGUUUCCACUGUUGUUUCCAAUGAAUUAUUCAUAAAGAAAUCCUCUCAGGUUUAUGCAUCAAGGGAAUCGAAGGUUGCCGAGGGAUGUCCAUCCUUUCCAAAUAGUUUUAGUCUGACAGGGGAGACGCAUGUUCCCUUUGACCUUGAGCUAAGCCAGCCUCAGCAUCAGACUUGUGAUGUACUACAGGAACCUCCAAGAUUGGGGUACAUCUUCCUUCGCCAAGUAUUGAGAAGUAUUUCGGGAAUAUACAUGCUGCACAAAUUUCUAAUCCAGAAUCUUCGAUUCCCGACAGAUUAA